CAGUACGCCUGGUACAGUCUGGACUGUUUACUGUGAUAUAUAUCCCGGGCUCCAGCUGGGAUCACUUAUACAAUUCUUCAGAGCUUGCUUUCCCCUUCACGCCUAAAUAUGGCGCGUUCUUUCACGGGGACGAUGCUUAUAACUUUAUUUCUUAUAACAUGUUUUGUUAGCACCAUAUCUACUGAAGAUGUGUCGUAUCAAACUCUGUUAGUGGAAGGAAUGAAGAAAAUUCAGGCUAUACCGCAAAACCAGCCAUCAAUACAAUUAGACGUUAAAGCUAACCUCGACCAGCUUUGGGAAUUCCAAGAUUCGAUCGACCCCUACAGGAUAUUGACCGGAUCACCUAGGCCCCGGGCAAGCCCUGGGGUAGGGGCUGUGGUCGGUGGGUUUAACGUAUCAGACACAUGUUAUAACGACACACAAUUAAUUGGCACAGCCGCCAUGGCGGUGCAACUUUGGGCACUGAAAAUGAUAGACGCCAGCGGGAAGCCUCCGAGUGACAUUGUGAACGGAAACCAAGGCUGGUUCGGCUCAUACGACGAAUGUCUGAGUGUGAAAAGCGACAAGUACGAAUACGGCCAGACGCCCCCACAUUUCAAUGGAAAAUAUUGCAUAGUGAACUUACCAUUGGAUAUUCUAAGUUUACCACUACCGAAUGCAAACCUUGGACUGUGUCUCCCAGACUCGUGUUCACCUGCGGAUGCCGUGGCACUAACCAAUGCAGCGCUUUCAACCAUUCAGCCUGGAAAACUAUCCAAGUUUGCGGAGUGUAAGAAGGAAACACUGGAGUUCGAUGACAAGGCGAUCGGUGCUGUCAUUAUGUGUGGAUUUAUCCUGGCGAUGAUGAUAGUGGGCACAGCGUUUGAUGUGAUAGUGGUAAAGGGUAUGACACCUUUAAGCAGAAUGAACCGAACGGUAUCCGGCACGACGGAAACCACAACGUUUGUAUCAGGACAGAGCUGCGAAAAAACUCCUUUAGUAUCGAACGAAAUCACUCCGCCACCAGUAGUAACGCGAGACCAACCGGUAGAGCUUGGAAUGAUGUCAAACAUAUUGGUGGCGUUUUCUGUCUACACAAAUGGCGCCAAACUUCUGAACACCAGUGCUCCGCCCGGUAGUUUGACGGCUCUUAAUGGUAUCCGUUUUCUGAGUAUGACCUGGGUCAUUCUUGGACACACCUACUCGACGGGGAUGAAUUACGUUCAUAAUGUUUCUACAUUUUGGCCGAAAAUGAUAGAGCGAUGGACCUUCCAGGCUAUCAUAAAUGCACUGGUUUCCGUGGAUACAUUCUUUGCGCUUAGUGGUUUGUUGGUGUCCUACCUCUUCAUGCGCGAGAUGGAAAAGACAAAAGGCAAGAUGAAUUGGGGCCUGUUCUACUUUCAUCGAUUCUGGAGAUUGACUCCGCCGUAUAUGCUCGUGCUCUUUGUUGAGGUGACACUAACGCGUUAUUUCGCAAAUGGUCCCUUUUGGCCAGAGGGAGGAUUUGAAAAAGACUUUUGUGAAGAUACAUGGUGGACUAACCUGUUGUAUAUCAACAACUUAGUAAAGACUGAUAAAACGUGUUUUGCCUGGGCCUGGUACCUCGCCAAUGAUAUGCAGUUCUUUGUGCUGAGUCCGUUAAUGUUGGUUCCGUUGUUUUAUUCCAAGUUUAUAGGUAUGGCUGUGUGCCUUGCUUUCCUUACGGGUACCUUCAUAGCUACAGGAGUAAUAUCUACAAAGUACGACCUGCCAGUGUCUACCUUCAUACCAAGCGAAAAGUAUUUUGAUUAUUAUUAUAUCAAACCCUGGACGCGUAUGGGCCCAUACAUCAUUGGCAUUAUGGCCGGAUACUUGCUGUACCGUUCAAAACUCAGAUACAACAUGCAUAGGGUCCUCAAUCUUCUCGGCUGGGCCGUAGCCACUACCAUGGCUUGUGUGGUAUUGUAUGGUCUUUAUGAGCCGCUAAGAGGGAACGAAACGUUGAGCACGGAGGUGUCAGCCCUGUACAACACUGUUCACAGGAGCAUCUGGGGGGCUUGCGUCUGCUGGGUUAUAUUUUCCUGUGCAAACGGAAGUGGGGGAUUUGUAAACACCCUAUUGUCCUGGAGCGGGUUCGUGCCACUAAGCCGUCUGACCUACUGUGCCUACCUGGUGCAUCCUAUUCUGCAGUUCACCGUUUAUAGCAGUCUGAGACAACUGUUUGUUAUGAGAGAUCUGUCAAUGAUAACUUACUUCCUGGCGUUUUUGGUAAUGGCCUAUGGUGUAGCCUUUGUCGUUUCCCUCGCGUUUGAAUCGCCAAUGAUGGGGUUAGAGAAAGCGAUUUUCAAACGAGGAAAGAAAAAAUGAAACGAACGUCCACUAAUUCAUUAACAAUAUGGAUGAACCUUUUGAUGUCAUACAAAAGUAUUUUUCAGUGAAUAAUUCCUGUGAUAGUGAUAUUCGCGUAACUGAAAUAAUAAUGAAAAGUAUUAUAUUUUAUAUUGGACAGAGAGGUGCAAUUAUAUACAUCAUAUUAGAAACAACAUACAGGAAUUCGUUAAGGACAAAUUUCAAUUAACACGUUUUUCAAAAUCAACAGUGAUGAAAUAAAAUAAAACAUUUUAUUUUGAAGUUAUACUACAUAAUUAAUAUGACAACUUUGAAUUAGCAUUUAACUGAGGUAAUUAUAUUGUCAUGAACAUGAGUUCGAUUAUCAUUAAAUUAUCAGUAAAGUGGCACCAUUGGAUUAUCAUUGAAGUGAGGCCACUGUAUGGAGUGGUGCCAAGACCAUUAAUUGUUAUAUCAUUUUACAAUUACUGUUUUUCGAAAAAAACUGUCUUGACUAUGUUUCUUAUAAUUUAUUCGGGCUAUUUUUAUUAUGUUUACAUCAUCAAUAAUCCUAUCUUUGGUUUUAAUUUGAAAUCAACGCGACAUAGCAAUUAAUAUGAACUGAUGACAUAUGAACUGAUGACUAUUUUGUAAUGUGAAUAUAUCAGUUAUUGGAACAGUCAAAUAAGAACCUUUGAACACUUUUUGCAUUUUUAUUAUGAAACAUGUUAUCAUCGACUACGUCAAGUUUUUAUUCGGGAAGCUGGUUCCAAGUAGUACUAUACACUGUAGCUAGCUAGAUAAAAACAGUACUAUACACUGUAGCUAGCUAGAUAAAAACAGUACUAUACUCUGUAGCUAGCUAGAUAAAAACAGUACUAUACACUGUAGCUAGCUAGAUAAAAACAGUACUAUACACUGU